GAGGGGAGGGGAAAGAAGGAGGGGCUGUCACAGGCUGGGAGCCGUGAGAUCAGAUGUCAGCAGCUCAGGGAGACAUUCCCAGGAAGGGAAAAGUGCUGCUCAUUCAUCACCCUGCACUGGGACAGCCUGGACCACAGCUGCUCUUGUGGAGAGGAAGCAACCUAGGAAGGGAGCUGCUGGGAACCCUGUCGAUGUCUCCCAACACCAGGGGUUAGUGACCAAGCGGAGAAAAGUUCUUCCUUAUUAAAGCCUCCAGGCAAGACAAUUUCCUUGGUAGAUCACAUUGGAUCCCUUCCUAUAAUGGAAGCCUGAGAGCCAGGAACCUCCAUGACCUCCAGAAACCACCACUCCUUACCACGAGUUCUGAUGGCACCUCGAAUGUUUACUGAAGGAGAACUUGGGGGCAUCGCCCAAAUCACCCCCUCUCUGUACCUGAGCAGGGGCAGCGUGGCCUCGAACCGACAACUUCUUCUGUCCCGGGGCAUCACCUGCAUAAUCAAUGCCACCAUUGAGAUCCCCAACUUUAACUGGCCCCAAUUUGAGUAUGUCAAAGUGCCUCUGGCUGAUGUGCCCAAUGCCCCCAUCUCCCUAUACUUUGACAGCGUGGCGGAUAAGAUACAAAGUGUCUCGCGGAAGCACGGGGCCACCUUAGUCCAUUGUGCAGCUGGUGUGAGCAGAUCGGCCACCCUGUGCAUCGCUUAUCUGAUGAAGUACUACAACGUGUCUCUGUUUGAGGCUUACAACUGGGUCAAGUCAAGGCGCCCCGUCAUACGCCCCAACGUGGGUUUCUGGAGGCAGCUGAUAGACUACGAACGGAAGUUGUUUGGGAAGACGACGGUUAAAAUGGUACAGACGCCGUAUGGUAUACUCCCAGACGUUUAUGAGAUAGAGGGGAGACACCUCAUGCCUUACUGGGGAAUUUAAUAUGACUGCAUCAACAGGAAGAAUAAGAGCACAAGAGACUUGCUGUUCUGAAUCUACCAGACUGGAGACAUCCUCUUCUCUUUUGAUGGCCGACUUUUAGUUCUUUACCAUACAGCAGAACCUUGCCAAUUGUCACGUCCCUAACCCGCAAGGCCAACACU